AUGUCAGAUCUCGAUUCUUCAAGAACUGCUCCAUUGUGUUCCAUUUCCAGAGAUUUCAAUGUAAGACGUCAUGUUUCUGAGCCUGGUAUGAAAACUGAUUCUUUGGGAGGACUACCUAGUGUUUUCAGUACAGUUGUACCUCAUUCAGGUACCUCAGAUCGACCCCCAACUAGUUAUUCAGAAACGAUUGAACAGACCCAUGAAUUGAGUAGGGAUAGUGAAGGUGACUUUUCAAUUCAGCAAAGUCCAUCAUUGAAUGUUAGGACACAUCGGGAAGCUACCAAACCUCCUAGUGCUCAAUUAGAAACAAUUUUACAGUCCAGUCAAGCAGAUGAUGAUAGUGCCUCUUUUGAAGUUGAAACCGAGGACUCUCCCCAACUGAUAUUCACACCAGAACCUGAAAUCAAUUACAAUUCACCUCCUUUGGAUACUCUUACCGAACUAGGUAUCAGAAAAUCUAUUAUUUCAGACUUUUCAUUCACUUCAGGAGAUGCGUAUCAAGAUUAUUUAGAGGAUAGAUUAGUUAGUUGGAGACCGAGCGAAUCACAACAUAACACAAAUAUAAUAUUGAAUGGGAAACAUCCAUAUAAUGCUGAAACUUUCGGCCAACCACCUCGAACCAAUAGUGGACUCUUUCUGUUUAAUUGGUUUAGUACUAAGAAUAACAACGAUAUAGAAAAACAAUUGAAUCAUCAGUCUCCUCAGGAACCAAGGAAGUCCAAUCUGACAGCAUUCUAUACUGCUAGUGAAUUUAGUUCCCCUAAUCAAGAGAUACGUAAUCUACUUAAAACAGUGCAGUUCCAACCAAAUUCUUCCAACUCAUUUUUACCAAGAACUAAAACUUUACGUUCCAAUGCUGCUAUUCAUAAUACCACUGCAGGUGAGUCUCCCACUGAACUCGCAUACACUCCUUAUGCGAUACCUCUUUCUGAAUUUGAAUUGAAUUAUAAUCGAAGGAGUCGAGGCGAAGAAGUAGACAUCAAUGCCCAUUAUGAUUUAUUAGGAGAUGAAAUGUUGGGUAUCGUUAAUGGAUCAGAAAAUUUCAUCACAAGUUGUUUUCAAGGACUUUCAUCGUUAUUUCAAUGUUAA